GCUGUCGGAACGACGAUCGCCCUGCGGAGCGUAAAUUUCUCUUUUCUAGUGUAAAUCUGUGCUACGCGGUCCCCCCUUACUCCAUCCUCAGGGUGUCGGAGUCACUUCGGACCUAAAAUCCCAUCACCCGGCCCUCCGUCCGAAGGAAAUCCAAACGUCGCCGAUACAGGUCGGGUAUGUUUUUCUUUGGGUUUGAAUUCGCUCUGAGGCUGGUCGGUUCUCUUGGCUUUUCCGCCUUCGGUCCAGGUAGACACCUCCAUUCGCGAUAUUUUCCUGUUUAAAACCCUUUAGUACCUCCGCCCUCCCCCUCGCCGCUCCAUGUAACGUCCUCUUCCGCGAAGUGGAUGCGCGCCGCGCCCCCCGCCCCGCCAGCCUCGCCUUCUCGGCCCCUGGAGGGCAGGCAGGUCGCCCCGCAGAGGUCUCUCCCCGGUCCUGGGAUUCUGCAGAGCCCGCCCCUAUCCGGAGACCCCCUCCCUCCCUCCCAGCCCCUCUGCCCUCGCGUCUCCUCGGGCCUGUCCUGCUCCCCCGGCCUCCCCUUCGUAGUCAGCCCUUCCCCUCACCCGGCGUGGGGGAAGGUGACCUGUGCCAGCCGCAUGACACCUAUGGUUCUUCCAUCCCAAAUUCCACCCGAUGGAAAAUGGUCUCUUGCGGUUGGCGGGCAUCUUAUUCAGUCUCCAUCCCUGUAAAUACGUUGGCGAGGUGAUCAGGAGAAGCAGAGACAGAGAGAGGCUGAGAGAGAAAUAGAACAACUGAGGCAAAAGAAUGAGGGAGCAUCGAUAGGAACAUAGAGGAUGGCUGAGCGACCUGUAAAUAGACUGUAAAAUGAAAGCGAUUAUGCCUUGAAAGGAGCAAGUGAAUGAAAUAGAGAAGUAUAUAAAAAGCUGGAUCUCCAGAGUUUGACAUAGAGCAACAUAGAGAGAGGGGUUCUGGAUCACCGGUAGCGGGUGGCGAACAGUGGUGAGGCCCUUCACACAGAGAGUCGGAGAGAGGAUAAAAUGCGGAACCAUGGCCUUCAUAGCAUUGUGGUGCUGGGAGAGUAUGAGGACAAGGGAUGACAGGGAGAGCAGGAAGGAAGCACAGCCACUUGCCGUGCCAGAGAGUGGGGAGGAAGGGAGAGUAACAGGGAUAGAAGGGGUGUAACCUGGAGGGCAGAGAGGGAGCACAGAUAAGGGAAGGAAGAGGCAGAAAUACAUAGAGAUGUAGGACAAUCAGGAAGGGUGGAGAGAGAGAACAUCAAGAAGGGGAGCAAGUUGCAGAGUGGGGCAGGACAGGUGUGAGAAAAGAAACAGAGAGGAGGGCAGAAAUACCAGGAGAGUAGAGGGGAAGAGAAAGAGAAAGAAACAGGGAGACCCAAACAGAAUGAAAUGGAAGCACAUAGUAGUACAGACGGAAGGGGGGAAACUGGAUGCAGUCACAGUGUAUUCCUCAUAUGUACAGAAUUUUUAUGCAUCGGUUAUAUAUCUAUACAUCUGGAAAAGAAGAAGAAAGUGGGAGGUGUGCUGGGCUUGCUUCCUGUGAGUGGUGCGCGAUCCAGCCUUCACAUUAGAUGGAUGAGGCAUUUUGCGUACGCGUGUUUUCUACCCCCGACUAGAGAUGUCCCCUCAUAUCGUCAGUGUGGUGUGCAGCCUCAGUAGUAGUUAACGUGCCCGAAGUGAUUGCAGUCUGGAUCCGUCACUGAACAUCAGGACUCUGAGUCCCCCCCGUUCCUGAGGGCUGAGAUCUGGGCUGAGGCUGAGGGGCUCUGCUCUGCGUGGGGAUGGAUCAGGGCUGGUCUGUGACCUGAAGGGGGUUGUCGGGUCCAGCUGAGGUGCCCGCUGCUGCUGUGUAUGUGAGGGCCUCACCAGGAGAUCUGAAGAAGGUGUGGGAAAAUGCACGUGUUGGUCUCUGUGUGGGAGUUUACUGUCCUGAGCCCCUCCUGGGACAGUGGGCAGCAGGGGACUGUCUGUUCCACAUAAGGAGGUCUUCCCUGUGUGUGUGGUGGUGACUCAGGAAGGGGCUGUGUCAAUUCUAAGCAUUAAACAGCCUGUUUCCAGCUUUGAAGAUCGACCUCUAAAGACUCACGUUGUCUGAGGAAGAAGCCCAGAAGAGGAGGGAGAGGAAAGAAAAGGAGUCAGAAAUGGCUCUUUCUCAGGGACUGUUAACAUUCAAGGAUGUGGCCAUAGAAUUCACUGAGGAGGAGUGGGAAUGCCUGGACCCUGCCCAGAGGGCCUUAUACAGGGACGUGAUGUUGGAGAACUACAGGAACCUGAUCUCCGUGGAUAUCUCUUAUAUGCAUGUGAUCAAGAUAUUACAACUGAAAGCAAAUACUGAUAGAGGAGAAGUAUUCCAAGCAGUGAUGUCAGAAAGACAUGAAAGGAAUGAAAUGAAACAUUUUUACCUCAGCGAUGUUCAAGAAAAUAUAUAUGACUUAGUGUCUCAGAAGAGAGAUGAGGAAAGUAAUUACAAACGAAUACCUAUAACCCAUAACGAAAAUCUCACUGAGAAGGGAGAUCAACAUGUUAGAAGUGUUGCAGGAAUCAAGCCUACUGAAAACAGGCUGGCAUUAAGCUUUUGGGUUGAACUGCAUAUAUUUAAAAGUGAAGAGAAGAUUGAUGAAUUUAUUCAAGUGGACAAGGAUAUCAGGAGUAGUGCCUCAUUUUCACCACUUGAAGGAACUUCUUCUAGUGUGCAAAACAACAUUUCUAAUACAUAUGCGAGUGGUUUUAUGCGUCCUUCAGUAGUGACACAAGAACAAGAAGCACACAGGGAAAGAUGUUACAAAUGUAAUCUGUGUGGCAAAACCUUCCUUCAGGGAUCAUACCUCAAAAGACAUCAGAUCUUCCAUACAGGAGGGAAAGUACAUAAAUGUGAUGUAUGUGAAAAAGUCUUUACUCACAAUUCAUACCUUGCAAGUCAUCAGAGAACUCAUACUGGAGAGGAACCUUACAAAUGUAAUGAGUGUGGGAAAAUCUUUCAUUACAGCUCAGAACUUGGAAGACAUCAGUUUCUCCAUACAGAAGAGAAAUUACAUAAAUUUGAUGUAUGUGAAGAUGUCUUUAUUCGAAAUUCAUUCCUUGCAAGAUAUCAGAGAAAUCAUAAUGGGGAGAAACCUUAUAAAUGUAAUGAGUGUGGCAAAUUCUUUAAUCAAAAGGCAUACCUUACAAAGCAUCAGAGAGUUCAUAAUGAAGAGAAGUCUUACAAGUGUAAUGUGUGUAGCAGGGUCUUCAAUCGAAAUUCAAAUCUUGAAAGUCAUCAGAGAAUUCAUACUGGAGAGAAACCUUACAAAUGUAAUGACUGUGGCAGGUUCUUUUCUCAAAAGCCAAACCUUGGAAAGCAUCAGAGAGUUCAUACUGGAGAGAAACCUUACAAAUGUAACGAGUGUGGGAAAAUCUUUCAUUACAACUCAAAACCUGGCAGACAUCAGUUUCUCCAUACAGAAGAGAAAUUACAUAAAUGUGAUGUGUGUGAAAAUGUCUUUCCUCAAAAUUCAUUACUUGCAAGAUAUCAGAGAAGUCAUACUGGGGAGAAACCUUAUAAAUGUAUUGAGUGUGGUAAGUUUUUUAGUCGAAAAGCACACCUUAAAAGUCAUAAGGGAACUCAUACUGGAGAGAAACCUUACAAAUGUAUUAAGUGUGGCAAGCUCUUUAGUCGAAAAAGUAACCUAACAAGACAUCAGAGAAUUCAUACGGGAGAGAAACCUUACAAGUGUAUUGGGUGUGGUAAGUUCUUUAGUCGAAAAGCACACCUUAUAAGACACCAGACAAUUCAUACUGGAGAGAAUCCUUACAAAUGUAAUCAGUGUGCCAAGGUGUUUAGUGAAAAAUCACACCUUGUAAGUCAUCAAAAAAUUCAUACCGGAGAGAACUGAUACAAAUGUAAUGAGUUUGGCAAAACCUUUUAUCACAUCUCAGCCCUCACUCAACACCUGAGAAUCCAUACAGGACAGAAAUUAUAUUGGGUUGCCCAGAAGGUUCAGUUUUUUCCGUAAGAUGGCUCUAGGAGCACUUAGUUGUCUUUAACUUCAUUCAAACAAUUUUGUUAGAUUUUAU